AUAAGCGGAUGAUGGUCCAAGGUUUCAUUUACCGUUGACACCGACACGCCUCCUUGCAAUAGUCCAACAGAGUGUGUUUCUACAGUGAGGGAGAUACAGCACAGACAUAUGAACCAGGACAAUCUACCAGACAUAGCCUACAAUUUUCUUGUCGGAGGUGACGGGAAUGUUUAUGAAGGUAGAGGCUGGUAUACAAAACCCCAGAAAUUUCUCACAGACCCUAAAUGUAGCGAUAAGACUAUCGAUAUAGCAUUCAUUGGAAAAUAUGGCUAUCCAGAUGUAGAGUACCCCUGGGCUCUUCAUGAUAAAGCUACUGAAUUGUUACUGGAAGGGCAAGACAGACACAUUGUGGUUUUAAACCUACUGUUAUUGUAUCCAAAAGAAGCCGAUGAUUGAACAAAAUAUAGAUGUAAAUUAA